UAUAAAGUCAAAGAAGUUUGAUUUCUUCUAUCCUGUUUCUGAAAAGCUGUUGUGUUCCUGAUGUGGCAUGUUCUAUGAAAAGAUGUGCUUAUUUACUUCAAGACAUCUCUAUGUGCAUUUCUUUAGGCCUGACUGAUUGCCUAUAGCUCUCAUUUAGUAGCUAAUACUCUUUAAUUACUGUGAUAGAAAUGUAUAUUUUCGACAGGUCAGGGAAGCAUCAGCAAAUGGAAGUGUGAAGCCUGCUAAGCAACAUGAGCGUUUCAGGAAGCAGCUGCGGAAGCCCUAACUCUGCAGAUAUAUCCAGUGACGUCAAGGAACUCUGACAAAUCAAAGUAAGCAAACUGAAAAAGGAACGCAUUUUAGAUGCACAGAGACUUGAAGAAUUCUUCACCAAAAAUCAACAGCUGAGAGACCAGCAAAAAGUCCUUCAGGAAACUAUUAAAAUUUUAGAAGAUGGGUUAAGAGCAGGAUUGUGUGAUCACUGUGCAGUAACUGAAGAACAUAUGCACAAAAAACAGCAGGAGUUUGAAAACAUCCGACAGCAGAAUCUUAAGCUUAUUACAGAGCUGAUGAAUGAAAAGAAUGCUCUUCAGGAAGAGAACAAAAAGCUUUCUGAGCGACUGCAGCAGCAAAUGGAGAGUGAUCAACAGGAUCAAGUAGCUGAGCUUGAAUGUGAGGAAAACAUUAUUCUGGACUCACCAGUAACAUCUUUUUCCUUUUCUGGCAUUAACCGGCUAUGAAGAAAGGAGAAUCUCCAUGUCUUAUACAUAGAACAAACACACACUUAAUUGGAGCGCUCUUUGUGUGCAAGUGAAUUAAGAAAAAUUUCUCAGGGUUCAGCUCCUGCACCAGGUAACUCUGAAGAACAUGAAAUUCUAGUAGCUGUCACUUGUGAUCAAAAUCACUCACCACUGUCUAAAAUAUAUGGAACAAGCUGUUACCCCACUGAUAAGUCACCGUUUAAUUUAGAUACUGUUGUUGCUGAGACACUUGGACUUAAUGGUCAAGAAGAAUCUGAACCCCAAGGUCCUAUGAGCCCUCUUGGAAAUGAGCUUUACCACUGCCUCAAAGAAGAUCAAAAACAACCUUUUGUGGAAUCUGCAAGAAGUAAUGAAGAUAGCUUAAGAUUUUCAGAUUCUGCUUCAAAGACACCGCCCCAAGAAUUUACUACUCGGGUGUCAUCUCCAAUAUUUGGAGCUACCUCUACUGUGAAGACUCAUUUGGGUUUGAAUACAAGUUUCUCCCCUUCUCUCUUAGACAUUGGGAAAAGAAACCUUCUGAAGACGGCUGCCUUUAGCAACAUUGCUGUUUCUAGAGCAGAGAAAGUUAGAUCCAAAUCUGAGAAUAAUGCCCUUUUCACACAACAUAAUCUUGGGUAUGAAGUAAAGGUCAUUAGCCAGUCAUUUUCUAGUAAGCAGAUACUUACAAAUAAAAAUGGAAGUGACUCUACAGAUGAGCAGGGUAGUUCUGAUCACAUGACUGAUGCUGUUACUGAUAAAUAUUUGGUGCCUUUGAAAUCACUGGGAGGUAAAGCAUCCAAAAGGAAGAGGACUGAAGAAGAAAGUGAGCAUGCAGUAAGCUGCCCCCAGACAUGUUUUGAUAAGGAAAAUGCCCUUCCUUUCCCAAUGGAGAAUCAGUUCUCCAUGAGUGGAGACCAUGUGACAGAUAAACCUCUGGACCUGUCAGAUCGGUUUGCAGCUACUCAGCGUCAAGAGAAGAACCACGGAAAUGAAACUUCUAAAAACAAACUUAAGCAAGUGACUCUGAGGCCCAUUCCAAAGGGCUCCUCCACAGGCCGUAAAGCCUUGAGUGGGGCCUGCGUGCUGGCCAAAGACUCUUCAGAGACAUACUGUUUACAGCCGCGUAUCCUCCAGUCCUCUAGUAAAUUCUCUCCAGACCAUAAAACACCAUUACAGAUAAAAGAAGAAAAUCCUGUCUUCAGAACACCUCCAUGUUCACAGGAAAGUUUGGAGACAGAGAAUCUUUUUGGUGAUGUGAAGGGUACUGGUUCUCUUCUGCCAACCAAAGUAAAAAGCAGAUCAGUCCACGGAGGAUGCGAGCUUGCAUCAGUUCUUCAUUUAAAUCCCUGUAGAGUUGCUAAAACAAAGUCUCUGCCAAGCAACCAAGAUAUGUCCUUUGAAAAUAUCCAGUGGAGUGUAGAUCCAGGAGCAGACCUUUCUCAGUAUAAAAUGGAUGUUACUGUAAUAGAUACAAAGGAUAGCAGUCACUCACGAUUAGGAGAAACAUUGGACAUGGACUGCACAUUGGUCAGUGAAACCAUACUUUUAAAAAUGAAGAAACAAGAACAAAAAGAAAAAAGUCCAAGUGGAGACAUAAAAAUGAAUGAUAGCUUGGAAGAUAUGUUUGAUCGGACAACACAUGAAGAAUAUGAAUCAUGUUUGACAGAUAGCUUCUCCCGGGUACCAGAUGAGGAAGAGCUGUCUGACACCACAAAGAAACCAAACUUACAUGGUGAUAAACAAGAUGGAGUCAAACAGAAAGCAUUUGUGGAGCCAUAUUUUAAAGAUAAGGAGAGAGGAACUAGCAUACAGAAUUUUCCUCAUAUUGAGGUAGUUCAGAAAAAAGAAGAGAGAACGAAAUUGCUUGGGCACACAUGUAAAGAAUGUGAAAUUUAUUAUGCAGAUUUGCCAGCAGAAGAAAGAGAAAAGAAGUUGGCUUCCUGCUCAAGACACCGAUUUCACUACAUUCCACCCAGCACACCAGAGAACUUCUGGGAAGUUGGCUUUCCUUCUACUCAGACAUGUCUGGAAAGGGGUUAUAUCAAGAAAGAUCUUGAUCUUAGUCCUCGUCCGAAAAGACAGCAGCCUUACAAUGCAGUAUUCUCUCCAAAAGACAAAGAACAGAGGACCUAGAUGCUGGAGUGAAAGCAGGAGAGCAGAUCUUUUUGUGUUUCAUUUAGUUAUUUAUAGUAAAGUUGGAAUAAACAUUGAUCUUUGGGGUUUUUUUUUUGAU